AUGGGUAAUUGCUUAAUGGCUAAACUAUAUUCAAGCUUUAAGACAUCAAAAAUGACCUCACCUUGGAUUUAUCCCACGAUUAGACGCGACGACAAUUUUGUUGAAGAGUUGCACGGUUAUAAUGUUCCUGACCCUUAUAGGUGGUUGGAAGAUCCUAAUUCUGAAGAAACAAAGGUCUUCGUUGAAGCACAAAAUGCUUUAACUUUUAAGUAUCUGGAAUCAUAUCCUUAUCGAGAAAGAUUUCGUCAAUCGUUAACUAAAAAUUUUGACUAUGAAAAAUAUGGUUGUCCAUUUAAAUAUGGUGAUAAUUAUUAUUAUUUUCAUAAUUCUGGUUUACAAGCGCAAAGUGUCUUAUAUCAAUUGAAGAAUUCAUUGGAUGUGCCACGUGAUGAAUUUUUCAAUCCCAACACUUUUGAGGCUGAUGGAACAGUUGCUUUGAAUACUUAUUCAUUUUCCAAAGAAGGAACUUAUUUUUGUUAUGGUAGUGAUUGGGUCACUGUUCAUGUGAGGAAAACUAUUAAUGAUGAUGACGGCAAGAAACCUUUUCCUGACGUUAUUGAAUGGGUCAAGUUUUCUGAAUUUAACUGGACAAUCGAUGAAAAGGGGUUCUUUUAUCAGAGAUACCCUGAACCUAAUAAAACAGACGAUAAAGGAACAGAGACAGAUGUUAACAAAAAUGCCAUGUUGUAUUAUCAUCGAUUAGAAACUUCUCAAUCUGAGGACAUUCUCAUUUACAAGGAUCCUGUAAAUCCAGAAUGUAUGUUUUCUGCUGAAAGCACAAUGGACGGACGAUAUAUUGCUUUAACAGUAACAAAGGAUUGUGAUCCAGUAAAUAAAAUUUACUUUAUAGAUUUAGAAAAGACCAAUCGCCAAAUCGUUGAAAAUUUCGAAAUUAUAAAAAUUGUCGACAACUUUGAUGCUCAAUAUAUCUAUAUUGCGAAUGAUGAUUCAACAUUUUAUUUCAAGACGAAUUUGAACGCACCCCGUUAUAAAAUUGUUAAAUAUGAUUUGGCAAAUCCGGAACAAGGUUUUGUUGAUAUCGUUAAGGAGCAUCAGACUGAUAUACUUUCGGAGGCGGCGGUAGUAGCAGAAAAUAAACUCGUUUUAACAUAUAUGCAUGAUGUUAAAAAUAAAUUAUGUAUAUUUGAGCAUUCUACUGGACAAUUUAUUAAGGAAAUACCUCUCGACAUCGGCUGCAUAUUAGUUCUUACAGGCCGUAGAAAGGAUCGAGAAUGUUUCUUUAAAUUUGUUAGCUUUUUGAAUCCUGGAAUUAUUUACCGUUAUGAUUUCGACAAAGAUUUGUUGUCUGUGUAUAGGAAAACAGAAGUCGCAGGAAUAAAUAUAGAUAAAAUGGAAACCAAACAAGUUUUUGUUGAAAGUAAAGAUAAGGAAAAAAUACCUAUUUUCAUUAUAGCACCAAAAAACAUUAAUCUUGACGGAAAUAAUCCUACUUACUUAUACGGUUAUGGAGGAUUUAAUAUUAGCCUUACGCCUUCGUAUACUGUAUCUUGGUUAAGCUUUAUUCAACAUUUUAAUGGGGUGGUGGUUUCAGCUAAUCUUCGUGGAGGUGGCGAAUACGGAGAAAAGUGGCAUAAAGCCGGUUGUCAGGCCAAUAAGCAGAAUGUUUUUGAUGAUUUUCAGGCUGUUGCCAAGUGGUUGAUAAAUAAUAAAAUCACGUGUACAGAAAAAUUAGCAAUCAAUGGUGGAUCUAAUGGAGGUCUCCUCGUAGGUGCAUGCAUUAAUCAGGCACCAGAACUCUUUGGAGCAGCGGUUGCUGAUGUUGGUGUUAUGGAUAUGUUAAGAUUUCAUAAAUUCACUAUUGGUCAUGGUUGGCGAGGUGAUUAUGGUGAUCCAGAUAAAAAAGAAGAUUUUGAGUAUAUUUAUAAGUAUUCCCCUGUUCAUAAUGUCCAAUCGGAAAAGCCCUAUCCAUCAGUAUUAUUGACAACUUCAGAUCAUGAUGAUAGAGUAAUUGAUAUUAAGGCCGGACAUGGGGCCGGAAAACCUACGAUGAAGAGGAUUGAUGAAUCAGCCGAUAAAUUUUCUUUUAUUGCUAAGUCAAUUGGUGCUAAAUGG